CCCUACUGAGGAGUUUGCUGCUGCUUGUGCAAGCAAAACUCCAUUUCUCCUCCCAUCCUGCUGCUCCUGCCACCAAGAGGAAGAGGGAGCUGCCCAGCGGACUUACUUCUGGCUGCUGCACGUUGUAGCCUUUGCAGCGGUAUGCCGGGAUCAGCUACAGCUAUUCGACAAGAGAGACUGAAGAAGACCCAUGCAAGGCCAAUUCCCCUUGGUUUGUUCACCAUUAAUGAGGAAGAUGAACAGCAAAAGAAUGGCAAUUCCAGAAGACAGAAAGCGCCUGACAGUUAUAAAGUGCAAGAUAAGAAAACGCCUGCCUCCAACCGCCCCUCCACUGCCGUUUCAGGACAAAAUAGCAACCACUCAGGAAAUAAAUCAGACCCUCCACCUGUGCUUCGAGUUGAUGACCGGCAGCGGCUGGCCCGGGAGCGACGUGAGGAACGGGAAAAACAGCUAGCUGCAAGAGAAAUCAUCUGGCUAGAAAAAGAAGAGCGCGCCAGGCGGCACUAUGAGAAGCACGUGGAGGAGCGGAAGAAGAAGCUCGAGGAGCAGAGGCUGAAGGAGGAGCGGAGGCGAGCUGCUGUGGAGGAGAAACGGAGGCAGAGACUCGAGGAGGACAAAGAACGCCAUGAAGCUGUUUUACGGCGUACAAUGGAGAGGAGCCAGAAGCCAAGACAGAAGCAUAACCGGUGGUCAUGGGGAGGCCCUCUCCACGGGAGCCCCAGCAUCCACAGUGCAGAUCCUGACAGGCGGUCAGUUUCCACCAUGAAUCUUUCGAAACAUGUUGAUCCCGUCAUUAGCAAGCGGCUCUCCUCUUCAUCUGCAACUUUACUAAAUUCUCCAGAUAGAGCUCGCCGCCUGCAGCUCAGCCCAUGGGAGAGCAGCGUUGUUAACAGACUCCUGACGCCCACACAUUCGUUCCUGGCCAGAAGUAAAAGCACAGCUGCCUUGUCUGGAGAUGCAGCAUCUUGCAGCCCCAUCAACAUCAUGCCCUACAAAGCUGCACACUGUAGAAAUCCGAUGGAGCAACCAAAACUCUUCGUAGCACCACCUGAGGGCUCUGCUCGUAGGAGGACCGUUCAUGGCACAACAGGCUAUAAAAGAGAAAAAGAAAGAGAACACAUACCGUUCCAUCUUACAUCUGGAAUCAGAAGGGCUUUGUCUCCAUCUCAUCCCAAAGCAAGAUCAUCAGCUUCCUCCCGACUUUGGCUGCCAUCCAAGUCCUUUCCUCAUUUGCCUGGCACACCCAGACCAGCAUCCUCCUUGCCUCCCAGCUCAGUUAAAGCUGCCAUUGCUAAGGUCCAGCCUCCAUCUCCUGGCAACAUCCGCCCUGUCAAGAAAGAAGUCAAAGUGGAGCCUGAGAAAAACAACCCAGAGAAAGAACCUCAGAAAGUUGCCAAUAUAGUGAAGGUAGAAGAGGCCACAGCUGAAGAAGAGACACCUGUCGAGCCAGAGGCUGCUCCUGCUGCUCCAGCCUCAGCCCCUGCUCCAGCUUCGGCCCCAGCCCCUGCUCCAGCCUCGGCGCCAGCCCCAGCCUCAGUCCCAGCCCCGUCACCCUCUGUGACUGCCAGUCCUUCUACAAAGAGCUCAGCAGGCACCACCGACCCGGAAGAGGCCACAAGGCUGCUAGCUGAGAAGAGGCGGCUGGCUCGAGAGCAGCGAGAGAAGGAGGAAAGAGAGAGGAGGGAGAGGGAAGAGCUCGAAAGACAAAAGAGAGAGGAAUUGGCUCUAAAGGUGGCUGAAGAGAGAACUCGUCGUGAGGAAGAAGCCCGACGGCUAGAAGCUGAGCAAGCCAGGGAGAAGGAAGAGCAACUCCGACGGCAAGCAGAAGAGCGAGAUCGACGAGAGCGGGAGGAGAUGGAGCGCCUCCAGAAGCAGAAAGAAGAAGAAGCUCGUGUUCGUGAAGAAGCAGAAAGGGUCCGGCAGGAACGAGAAAAACAUUUCCAGAAAGAAGAGCAGGAACGCCUGGAGAGGAAAAAGCGACUUGAGGAGAUUAUGAAAAGAACCAGGAGAACAGAAGCUACAGAUAAGAAAACUCUUGACCAGAGAAAUGGAGAUAUAGCCAAGGGAGCUCUCACUGGAGAAACAGCAGUAUCUGCACUUCCAUGUGUGACAAACUGUCCAGGAAAUGGAGAACCAGUGGCCAGCCCACACGUGGUUACCUCACACCAAUCAAAAGCAACUGUGGAGAGUACUCUCAAUUUGGAAAAACAACCAAAUGAAAAUGGAGUAUCUGUUCAGAAUGAAAACUUUGAAGAAAUUAUAAAUUUACCCAUGGGAUCUAAACCAUCCAGAUUAGAUGUCACCAACAGUGAGAGCCCAGAAAUUCCUUUGAAUCCAAUUUUGGCCUUUGAUGAUGAAGGGACACUUGGGCCUCUGCCUCAGGUAGAUGGUGUUCAGACACAACAGACAGCAGGUAAGCUUGACUCAAACUCCCUUCUGUAA